AUGGGGUCCUUCCAGGUCUUCCGCACGCAGUGCUUCACCGUGGGUCCGGAGGCCGCGACGCGGCGUUUCGCUGCGCUUCGGGAGGUGAGUCCCGGCUCCAACGAGGACGCGGUGGAGCUGCUGGACGCGCACCACAGGGACCGGGUGCCUUUAGUCUUCCGCAACGGCAGCGCGAUGCAUGGCUGGGAGAGAAGUUGUUGGUCCACGGAAUGCCUCCGGAAGCGCUUCGGGGAUGUCAGCAUCGAAGGUGGCACGGUGCCUGGUUGA